GGUAAUAUGCCAGCCCGUUUCCUUGCCAUUACAAAUGUUGUACUCGGCUGCGUCCCAGCUGGGAUCUUCAAAGCAACCAUGCCAUCACUGUCGGUUGGCAUUUUUUGAUGGGCACCAAGGUUUUGCGGUUAAAGGCUUACCACCUGUGACAGUGUAGAAGGAGAGUGAUUAGCAAAGGUAAGACCUUUAAUAGUUGGAGCAGGAUAAGGAAAGGAGAAGAGGAAUCGUUAAGGAAGGGUUUCCUUUUGAAUAGGCAUGAAAACAUUAUGCAGUUGGCAAUAAUUUGAAUGUCCUUGUUUCAGAGAAAAAAAUGGAUAAUUAUCCCCUAAAUCAGAUGGCAAUGGGGAGCCCUAUAGGAUUGUGGGAAGCGAUGGAGCUAGAAACUGGCCUGCUUCCUAAGAUUGUGCAAUGUGUGGUUCCCAAUUGAAGAAUAUGGUAACAGAGGAAUUGGGAUUGCUUUUGAAGGGGCACAGAUUUCAUGGAGACCAAGCACACAUGAUUCCGAAUCGAAGCGGUAGUGCACCACCAAGUUCGGAAGGGUAAUUUGCAGCUAUUGGAAACCUUUUAGCUAAACAAAACUCUGGUCUGAAUUUAGGUUGGAAAGUUUAAGCGACGAUCUUGGACAUUUCGAAUCUGAGGGGCACCUGCAUUCUGAUCCAGCCUUUUUGCGUAUUAUUGCUCUAACGUGAACUUGAAUCCAAAUUGUCCAAACACUAAAACUGCCGAUUGGAGGAUGAUGUGUCAGUUAUUGUUGGCCCUCAUUCAGAGAGAAUUUAGGAAGAAACACUCUCAUGGUCAUGCUAAGUUCUUUUCCAUCGCGGUACAACCAUCAAUGCAUUCCCCUGGUCUAACUAUUCCCUUGUAUGUGACAACGGGAGCCUAUAUGCCAUCAGGUAAUCCAUUUUACCCAAAUUUUCAGCCAUCUGGUGUGUAUGCUCCGCACUACAAUGUGGGUGGAUAUGCUCUGAAUUCUGCAUUUCUUCCCCCAUUUGUUGCUGGAUACCCUCCCCAUGGUCCUGUUCCUAUGCCAUUUGAUGCUACAUCAGGUCUAAGCUUUAAUAUUCAAAUUACUGGCGUCUCAACAGCAGAAAGCAUACCACAUAUGGGUAAUUUGCAACAUCAGAAGUUCUAUGGACACCGUGUAAUGAUGCUGCAACCUUCUUUUGUGAAUCCUCUUCAAAUGCAAUACUUUCAACACCCUUUUGGGAAUGCAUACAGUGCUUCAGUUCAGUAUGGUAGGUUGCCAUCAAGUAAUGGUGCUGGGGCUCAGGUUGAUUCGUCUAUACAGAAAGAGCCACCUUCUGCUGCUUAUUUGGGUGAUCAGAAACUUCUGUCUCCACCAAAUGGGAGUCUAGGUAUUCCAAAUCCUAGAAAACUGGGAAUCAGUGUUGGUGGUUAUUAUGGGGGUCCUCCAGGCAUGGGUGUCAUAGCGCAAUUUCCAAUAUCGCCUAUUUCUAGUCCAGUGUUGGCAUCACUACCAGUUGGUGGAACAAGUCAUCCAGGUCUGCGAAAUGAUCUAAGUUAUCCUCAGGGUUCACAUAGAAAUACAGGUAUCUAUCCUGGAUGGCAAGGGCAGAGAGGAGUAAACAUCUUUGAUGACCCCAAGAGGCAUUCAUUUCUUGAAGAACUGAAAUCCAGCAAUGCGCAAAAGUUUGAGCUCUCGGACAUAGUGGGGCAUAUAGUAGAAUUCAGUGUGGAUCAACAUGGGAGUCGAUUUAUUCAGCAGAAGCUGGAGCACAGCAGUGAAGACAAGGUGUCUGUUUUCAAAGAAGUUUUUCCACAUGCCUCAAAAUUAAUGACUGAUGUCUUGUAUAUAAAGAAGAGGAAUCCUCAAGGUAGUGACGGCAUAGCCCCUGAAGUCAUUGAGCUUGAUCAGAAAACACAAUCAGUCCUUGAGCUUGAUGGGCAUGUCAUGAGAUGUGUGCGUGAUCAGAAUGGGAAUCAUGUGAUACAGAAGUGUACCGAAAGUGUACCUACAGAAAAAAUUGGAUUUAUUAUAUCUGCUUUUCAAGGUCAAGUUGCCAUGCUUUCUACGCAUCCAUAUGGUUGUCGUGUUUUUCAGAGAGUUUUGGAGCAUUGUUCAAAUGAACAACAAGGUCAAUGUAUAGUGGAUGAAACUUUGGAAUCUGCUUAUGUUCUUGCUCAGGACCAGUAUGGGAACUACAUUACCCAGCAUGUUCUGGAGAGGGGAAAAUCCAAUGAAAGAAGCCAAAUUAUCAGCAAGGUGGCUGGAAAAAUUGUACAGUUGAGUCAGCAUAAAUAUGCAUUAAAUGUUGUUGAGAAGUGUUUGGAGUAUGGUGAUGCUGCUGAGUGGGAGCUCUUGAUUGAGGCGAUAAUUGGGCAAUCUGAAGAAAUGACAAUUUAUUGGUGAGACAAAUUUUUCAUGUUUAUAUUGGUGAAGGUAAAUAAAUCUCCUAUUGGUGCAUGCGCGUAUUUACAAUCUUCUGUUAUGUUAUUUUUCAUGUUUAUAUGCUUGGGAAUGUUUGUUUGCUCAUGUAAGCACACUAUGCAUGGCUAACUGAAAGAAGCAAAAAUCUCUAGAUGGGACAAAGUAUUGGCAUUUAGAUAAAUCAUUUUGGAGGAACGCUGUGGUUUUUCUGAGCAAUGGCCUUAGUCUUUGUCAAUUCAUCAACUUUUUUCUUUUCUUUUCUUUUCAACUUUGAUAAUCAACACACUUCUAUCAUACAUUCUGUUAUCAAGAUUUCAAUCUAAAAUUCACUACAGCUGUUAAUGGAUACUGUUGUUGACAGUCAUGGACACGUUGCUGUUUCUAUGAUAUCACCAGGGUUACAUGCAUUUGAUAUCAUUAUAUAUAUAUAACAUCAAAUGUAGAGACUGCACGCUUGUGUCUACAUUUGUGGACAUUUACAGAAUGUCCAUGCCUACCCGCAUGGAUUUGUGUAUACAAUUUUAUUAAUUCAUCUUUUAUCCUCUGUUGCAUGUUAAUGAUUCUUCAAUUAGAGUAUUUUGUCCAUUCCUGAAUUUAUGUGAUAAAUUAUGAUUGAACCUCACUCAGACAUUUGGUCACACUGCUGACCAUCCAAGUUACAAAAUUCAUCAAAAACCCCUUAGCAAUACCAAGAUCAUCAUAGGUAUUCUUGAAAUCACGAGAAGACUUUCCUUGAAGCUUAUAAUUUUUAUCAGAAACCUCCUUGUAAGAGAGGUGUGUAUUUAAGUUGGACGCCAUAAUUAGCCAAGCUUCAAGUUGAAUGCAAUUUAUCCUUUAAGAUAAUGUUUCUUUUGGGUUGCACUUUCAUUGGAAAUUCUGGAAGAUUUGGUGGUAAAUCCCAGUUAAUUGCUUGGAAUAUAUGUAAUAUAUAUAAUAUGUAUGUUCAAACUGUGUAUCUGAUUCUAAUACUUGCCAGUUUGAUAAAGCUAAUUAGUAAAUAUAUGUAAUAGAUAUAAUAUGUAUGUUCAAACUGUGUAUAGAAGUAAUUAAUGGUG